AUGAAGGCGGAAUUUUUUAAAAACCUAUCUCAAGAUCUCAUCAAACUUCUUGAAACAAAUGAUGAAUAUAAUAUUAUCAUAGAAGCAGGAGCAGCGCCUGCCACGAAAUCAUUUAAAGUUCACAGCGUUAUCUUAUGCCAUCGUUGUCCCAUACUUUAUGAUGAAAUAAAAAAGGUUGACCAUAAUGAAAAUAAUAUUCGAGUCAUUACAAAGACUCAAAUUUCGGCAACUAUCUUUGAAGUCAUCAUAAAUGGAGCUAUAAACUUAGAAAAUAUCGAACAAUCUACCAUCUUUGACAUUUUAAUUACCGCCAAUAAAUAUGGUCUUACUGAAUUGUUACAAUAUCUCGAAUCAUUCAUACUUAAAACCAAAUCGCAUGUCAACCAGCCUUCCUAA